GCGCGUUUACCCACGAUUCCAUACGAGCAACCGUCGAGAGGCAGCGACCGGUUCGUGUGGUUCGUUGUUCGUUCCCUGGUUUCGGUCAGGUCUGAUUCUCACUUCCUUUGCGGAUCGGCUGCGUGACUACGAAGUAAUAUGACAACCGAUCCGGAACGCGCCGUGAAUACUAGCGGUACGGAAUCUGUCGAAGAUGAAGACGAAAAAAAUCAUCGCAAAAUUUUACGUAGCACUGAUGUGUUAGCUGCUCUUCGAGAUGGUAUUUCUGCAUCAGGAUUAGAGCAAAUGCAGUCUCUUCCUGCUCCCGUCAAACGCAGGAUUAAGGCACUGAAACAACUGCAGCUUGUCACCACAAAUAUUGAGGCUAAAUUUUACGAGGAGGUCCAUGCUUUGGAAUGUGAAUAUUAUAAAAUGUGUGCGCCUUUAUACCACAAGCGAAGUGAGAUAAUAUCUGGUUCUUACGAGCCAACGGAUGAGCAGUGUGUUUGGGACAGCGAUGAGGACGAAGAAACGCUAAGUAGUCUCAUGAAAGAGAAAGUAAAGAUCGAGGACACUACAGAGAAGAAGGAUGAAACGGAAAACGAUGAUGAUACUAAAGGGAUCCCAGAUUUCUGGCUAACAAUAUUUAAGAAUGUAGGUACGUUAGCUGAUAUGGUACAGGAACACGAUGAACCGAUCUUGAAGCAUCUACAUGAUAUUAAAGUGAAAUUCCUAGAAUCGAAUCCGAUGGGAUUUAUCCUCGAGUUUCAUUUCACGCCCAACGAAUACUUUUCUAAUUCAGUGCUCACUAAAGAGUACAUCAUGAAGUGCACUCCGGAGAAGAAUGAUCCGUUCAGUUUUGAAGGACCUGAAAUAUAUAAAUGCAAAGGCUGCGUGAUCGAUUGGAAAAAGGGGAAGAAUGUUACAAUUAAAACCAUCAAGAAGAAUCAGAAGCAUAAAUCCCGAGGAUCUAUGCGCACCGUUACUAAAACUGUCCAGAAUGAUUCGUUCUUUAAUUUCUUCAAUCCGCCAAAUGUGCCAGAAGACUCGGAAGCCGAUAUAGACGAAGAUACCCAAGCUUUGUUAACUAGCGAUUUCGAAAUAGGUCAUUACAUUAGAGAACGCAUAGUUCCUAGAGCUGUAUUGUACUACACAGGUGAAGGUUUGGAGGAUGAGGAUGAGGAUUACGAAGACGAGGAGGAUGGAGAUGAUGAUGAUGACGUCGAUGAGGAGGAUGAGGAGGAAGAAGGUUCUCCAACCAACGCGCCUUCAGGUGGGAAACAAGGCGACGAUCCCAAUGAGUGUAAACAACAGUAGAGUUACAUAUUAAUUGCGACAUAAGGGAAAAAAAAUCAAUCGUUCGUGCGUUACAGUAUGCAACAACACACUAACGACACCUCUGACCGAUAACUGCCUAGAUAAUCCUGCACCUUGCAGCUCCAAAUGUAAUCCCCACCAUCAUUGUAUCAGCCAUCUAAUCAUAUCAUAUCUCCUAUUCCAGAUCAAGCAUAGAACUCUUCGACAUACCGAUGAUACAAAAAAAAACCCCCAAAAAAAAAAAGAGAAUUGUGUACACCUUCCUUUUACUCGCCGUUGACGAUGAGUAGAAUACGCGCCUCAUUAUACCUGUGCUCUUAAGGUCUAACAUCAUAAGUAUAUAACAAUUGCUCUCGUUCUCGAACACUAUUAUUGUCAAUUUUUAAUUGCUUCAUUUUAUACUACUUGUUAUGUUUAUAUGCGCCGACAGAGGUUGUUUGAAUUCUUUUUCGAGAAACGCACGUUGCUCUAUGGACAAAUUUUUGGGUACUGUUGAAGCAUUUUUAAUACAAAAGUGGA